AUGAUCUCCGGCUUUGACAUACCCCAGAGAGAACUUGUGUCAUUGUUCACUCCGGAGCAGGUUCUUACCAUCGAAACCUUUGAGGGAUUAGCCGCAAGGCAGUCUGAGAUGAACGUUGUUACUCGCACGCGCCGUUCCGAAGUGGAGGAUAACUGGCAUGUUAUGACUUCUAUGCCUUGGCCUACUAUGCCACCAUACCCCUUAUACGCCUGCCGUUACAACAAAAGAAAUAUAUUGUUCACAUCGAUGAAUGAAAUUCCCCCAAUUUCCAACCGAACAAUUACACCUCACCAUCGUCGACGUGGAUUUGGAUGGCCAAGUAUGAAGGGUGAUAGUUACACAGAGAAACAUGAAGUCGUGUUCUUCGCGUCAAACCCGUUACUUGUCUUCCAUAACGAGAGGGAGUACGAGGCAAUUAGGAUGAUCGGCCUUCUCCGAGAGGCGGAGGCAGAGAAGAAGACAUACGAGUCAACAUUCAAUCGUGACUAUGAAUUUGACCUUUUUCCACCCGCUCUUGUUCAUGACUCCCAACAUGCCUGCCUGGACCAAUUUCAUUACGGGAUUCUGGACGCUAGGAUCACACUUCAUGCCUCAGAUGAAGCUCAAGAGUUUGGGAACAGAGAAUGCCUCUCCCAGAACCUGGAACGCCUGUCACUAUCUCCCCACAAAGGGGCACAACCCGAAGACAAUUCCCCUUUGAGGUUGACAGGAACAGGCCCUGGCAAGGCUGCGUUGUCUCUCCUCAGGGGAUUCCGCCCGCUAUCAUGA